UUGGUGUCGAUGGAGUGCUGAUCCGAAAAAGGAGAGGGGAAAAAAAGUUGCAAAGUUCUUGUUUUCAAAGAAAUUUUCAUUCAGAUUGGAUUAACUCCCAGCAAGCUUCAGAGGACCGUGUCUAUAUUGACAAGCAGCCAUGUCUGGCACUUACAACGACUCCUUAAUAGACGUGUCUAGUGACAGCUUUUGGGAGGUUGGAAACUAUAAGCGCACAGUCAAGCGUGUGGAUGAUGGGAACCGGUUGUGUAAUGACCUGAUGAACUGCAUCCACGACCGUGCACGCAUCGAGAAAGGCUACGCACAGCAGCUGACAGAAUGGGCCAAGCGCUGGAGACAGCUCAUUGAAAAAGGGCCUCAGUAUGGGACGCUGGAGCGAGCGUGGAGUGCUCUGAUGACAGAGGCAGAGAAAGUCAGUGACCUGCACAUGGAUGUGAAGGCAGCACUGAUGUCAGAAGACUUUGAGAAGCUGAAGAACUGGCAGAAGGAUGCUUACCACAAACAGAUGAUUGGAGGAUUCAAAGAGAGCAAAGAGGCUGAAGAUGGCUUUCGUAAGGCCCAGAAACCGUGGGCCAAGAAACUCAAAGAGGUGGAUACGAUGAAAAAGGCUUACCAUGCUGCCUGCAAGGAGGAGAAACUAGCAACCAGCAGAGAGAACACCAGCAAACUGGAGAGCAACACCAACCCAGACGCCCUUAAAAAACUACAGGACAAAGUAGAGAAGUGCCAGCAAGAUGUUCAGAAGUCUAAAGAACGCUAUGAGAAGUCUCUGGAGGAGCUUAAUAAAGUGACUCCACAGUACAUGGAGAACAUGGAGCAGGUGUUUGAACAGUGGCAACAGUUUGAGGACAAGAGGCUCCGCUUCUUUAAAGAGGUGUUACUGGAGGUCAAGCAGCAUCUUGACCUGUCCACCAAUCACAAGUUCCAGAUGGUUUACCAAACUCUGGAGGACACAAUCAAUGCAGCAGAUGCAGAAGAAGACCUGAAAUGGUUCCGCUCCAACCACGGCCCAGGCAUGCCUAUGAACUGGCCCCAGUUUGAGGAAUGGUCCAUAGACCUCAACCGUACCUUAAGUCGGAGGGACAAAAAGAAGCCAGGAGAUGGUGUGACUCUGACAGGAAUCAGUCAGACUGGAGAGCAGGCAGCUAAAACCAGUAGCAGCCUCACUGUGCCCAGUAACACAGAGCCUGUGGGCUCAAACCCCUUUGAGGUUGAGGAUGAGGAUGAGGAAGAGAUGACAGAAGAACAGCCCAACAGCAGCCCAGUCAAUGUCAAAAAAGCGGAAGUUAACACUAAAACUAACACGGAGAAGACUCCGGAUUCCUCGGACGAAGAGGCAGGGAACCCUUUUUCGGCAGAUACAAACGGAAAUGGAAACCCGUUUGAAGAUGAGCCUCCUACUCCGACCCUCUCAGUUCCGGUGCGUGCCCUGUAUGACUAUGAGGGCCAAGAACAGGAUGAACUCAGCUUCAAAGCAGGUGAUGAAUUCACUAAGAUCGAGAAUGAAGAUGAACAGGGCUGGUGCAAAGGCCGCCUGAAAGAUGGACAAGUUGGACUUUAUCCAGCUAACUAUGUGGAGGACAUUCAGUGAUGACCCAGAGGAGGAAAGAAAGAGAAAGAGGAGUUAGUUGGAGAAGAGAGAGAGAGGGAAAGAGAGAGAGAUUUGGCUACUGGAUGUUCUCUUUGUGCUGGAGGCAGGAUUGUCUGCUGUAGUGUCCAAACAUUAAAUUCUGGUAUUGGAAGUCCAAUUUGUUUUUCUAAAGAGCAACAGCAAAAAGGCCCCUGAUGCUGAGAGAACAAACAGAGGUGUAGCAUGUUAUAUUGGCCUUACCACUCACGUGCAUCAUACCCACAGCAGAGAACUGUUAACAAGCCAGAAUUUGACUUAUAUGUAGACAGCUUGUUUUAAAUAGUGGUUAUUAUUUGAAUACAGAUGUUUAGAAGCAUUGAUACAUCUUUUGAAACAAAGGGUGAGGUCAAACUGAAAAUAUGAACUCAAUCUUAUAUGCCUUAAUCUCAGAGAUGACACACUUUAAACACUGAGCUUAUGCCCUUUCCAAAUGACACGGGUUUUCAGGCUUCCACUGUUUGAAUGCCUUCUGGACUGAUCUAAAUCUGACGCAUUUGUCUUUUUUAUAUCACUUUUUUCCUUCUUCCUUCCACUUCCCCUUUUUUUAACUGAGGUGGAGAAAGGCAGUUACUGUUAAGUUUUAUGGUUCAAAUUGGUUCUGUUGCAUUGAUGUUUCUCCUAUCUAUCAAUUAUUCAAUUAUUAUGCAAGGAAACUUAUUGUUUUCCGAAAGUAAGAAAGUCCCAUGAGAAUAUACUUUUUUAGUUUUGUUUUGUUUUGUUUUGUUUUUGUUGAUACCACCAUUCUCUGGUCUGAUUAUGUAUGUUUUAUUUUCAAACCAAGCAUACAUAAUAGAUUUUAAGUUUUUAAAUAUUACUAGUCACAAACAUGAAAGUGCCUGCAUGUUAUGAUAGCUUUAUUCCUGCUUGUUGAUUGACUGUUUAAUCAGCGUGUUUCACCUCCAGUGCUUUGACUGAUUUAAGCUGUUCUCCUGCUGAUGGUAAUUGUUAAUUUGUCACACAAAUGCAUCAGGGUGCUUUGGCUGUCUUCAACAAGAGGAUUGUCGGUGCCAGUGCUUACUUGACCAGACUACACUCAGAGGCACCAAACAGUAAAAGAGUAGUCUUUUGGUUUGAUGUUUUUAAUUUUCAGAAUGCAUCUGAAUGUGUUUUUCUGUGAGGGAAAGAACUCUCAUUUGAAGCUUUUGGCUUUACCUUAGGCUGCACUGGAUGGUCAUAGCUGUUCUAUGGGAGUAUAUUCUUCAAGUGCUUGUGUUUAAAAUAUGUCACAGGGAACCAUAACCUCCUGGACUGAAUGUGCUUAAUAAAAUGGAAAAAAAUGAAGUAAUGAAAUCUAAUAUUUUUGCAUGUAUAUAGCCUGAAUCUGUGAUCAAGUUAAGCAUUAGAAUUAGGAGGUAAUCAUGAGAAUUCUAGUUUUUAAUUGAAAACUGCUAAUUUAUGAUAUGCCUUAGAUGCUAUUUUCCCCAGUGGACAAUGCUGUGAUUCAGAAUCAGAAUGUACAUUAAUUGAGGAUUUAUGGCAUAUGAAUGUCAUUAAUUUAGUAUUUUGUUACAUUUGUAUAUAUGAUUUUGUUUGUUUCUUCAUUCAGAGGUCAUAUCAAAUUACAAAGGCACAAAAUGAUCUGCA